CGUGAUGACGUAGUUAGUGUACGAGAGCAGCAGUUAGCGCGAGGCGGAAGAUGCAGUCAGAGGCUCCCAGUGUCCUGCUGCUGGAGGCCUUCUACGGCGGCUCCCACAAACAGCUGAUCGACCUGCUGCAGCAAAACAUCGACCGCUGCGCCGUCUUCAAGCUGCCCGCUAAGAAAUGGCACUGGAGGGCGAGAACGGCGGCGCUGCACUUCAGCCAAACUAUCCCCACCUGUACUUCAUACAGAGUCCUGUUCAGCAGCUCAGUCCUGAACCUGUGUGAGCUGGUGGCUCUCAGACCAGAUCUGGCCCACCUCAAGAAGGUACUGUACUUCCACGAGAACCAGCUGGUUUAUCCGGUCCGCAAAGACCAGGAGAGAGACUUCCAGUAUGGAUACAACCAGAUCCUCUCAUGGUAAACAUGAUCCACCACAUCCUCUGAUAGUAAA